ACACACCACUUCCUUCGGGCCGGGUGGUAUACAAUAUGGUGUCUCCCGGUGAUUCAAGGCAAACACGGCGGAUGCUUCUAUUCGUUUUUGGUUUCGUGGUGUUGGUUUCUCUUCAGGCAGAAGCUGCCAUCAAGAAAUAUCAGUUUGAUGUUCAAGUGAAGAAUGUGAGCCGAUUGUGCCACGCCAAACCUAUUGUGACUGUAAACGGAAUGUAUCCAGGCCCUACUAUUUACGCUCGAGAAGGUGACCGUCUCAUGAUCAACGUUUCGAAUCAUGCACAAUAUAAUAUGUCAAUACAUUGGCACGGGUUGAAACAGUACGCUAACGGAUGGGCAGAUGGGCCAGCAUACAUAACACAAUGCCCGAUCAUGACAGGAAAUAGCUACGUUUACGACUUUAACAUUACAGGACAAAGAGGGACUUUGUGGUGGCAUGCUCAUAUUCUUUGGCUCCGAGCUACGGUUUAUGGUGCCAUUGUCAUUUUACCCCAACAAGGGACUCCAUUUCCGUUUCCAAAGCCCGAUGGCGAACAAGUCUUAGUUUUCGGGGAAUGGUGGCAUGGCGAUGUGGAAAACAUUGUGAAUCAAGGAAAUGCAAUGGGCUUGCCACCUAAUAUGUCUGAUGCCCACACCAUCAAUGGCAAGCCCGGCCCGUUGUUUCCUUGUUCCGAAAAACAUACAUAUGCGAUGCAAGUCGAGCAAGGAAAGAAGUACUUAUUAAGGAUCGUAAACGCCGCCCUCAACGACGAGCUUUUCUUUGCCGUUGCGGGCCACAACAUGACAGUGGUCGAAAUAGACGCCGUCUACACCAAACCUUUCACCACUUCCGCUAUACUUAUCGCCCCCGGACAAACAACAAAUGUCUUAGUACAUGCCAACCGUGCACCGGGACGCUACUUCAUGGCGGUCCGUCCUUUUCAGGACGUACCUAUCCCCGUUGACAACAAAACGGCCACCGCAAUCUUCCAAUACAAAGGCAUUCCCAAUACCGUUCUCCCAUCACUCCCAACUUUACCAUCACCAAAUGAUACCGCAUUCGCUUUAAGCUAUAACAACAAGCUUAGGAGUCUCAACACGCCUAACUUCCCGGCAAACGUCCCUAUGAAAGUAGACCGAAACUUGUUUUUAACCAUCGGAUUAGGAAAAAGUGUUUGUCCUACGUGCAUCAACGGAACCCGGCUUUCAGCAUCACUAAACAACAUUACGUUUGUGAUGCCGAAAACCGGGCUCCUCCAAGCUCACUACUCUAAAAUAAAAAAUGUUUUCACCACCGAUUUCCCGGAUAACCCACCAAAACCUUUUAACUACACCGGGGCACCCCUGACCGCAAACCUUUUCACUAAACACGGAACUAGACUAAGCAAAAUCGCCUUCAACUCAACCGUGGAACUCGUAAUCCAAGAUACGAAUUUACUAAGCGUUGAGUCCCACCCGUUUCAUCUACACGGGUUCAAUUUUUUUGUUGUUGGAACAGGGGUUGGGAACUUUGACCCGGCCAAGGAUCCAGCCAAGUAUAACUUGGUGGAUCCUCCAGAAAGGAACACGGUUGGUGUUCCGACAGGGGGUUGGUCCGCGAUUCGGUUUAGAGCUGAUAAUCCAGGAGUUUGGUUUUUUCAUUGUCAUCUAGAGUUGCAUACUGGUUGGGGAUUAAAGACCGCGUUUGUCGUCGAAAAUGGACCUGGAAAAGAUCAGACUGUCCGUCCUCCGCCUAAGGAUCUUCCACAAUGCUAACUAUAUACGAGUAUAUUACAUACAUUUUGGAUACAUAUGAUUUCAUUGUAACUUUGCAAAAUUUGACAAAAUGUAAUGUAAGCAUUUUAAGUGAAAAUGCAUGCAAUUAUUGUUUUAUUCUUCAAUUCAUUAUUAAGAUCCUCAAAAGGGUUUAAUCAUUUCUUUGUAUUGAUCAACUUUCAUUGUGGUAAUCAAAUUGGCAAUCAUAUAUA